CAACAGGAAUGAAAACAGCCCAAAAACAGAUGUUUUUAUCAUAUUCGGACACCGGAAGUUGCUUUUAAAAGGCAAUAUCCCACACUGGCCUCUAGGCGGUGCUAUAAAAAAAAGCAGAUAGAGUAACAACGGAUCAAGACGUCGUUUUAAUAAACAACAGAAAAGUGUCUCUGCGGGAGAUUUCUGCUGCUGUCAGGCCUCGGUAGUAAUCAUUCCCGCUCGUGCUUCGAAAAUGUUUCCGUCACAAUCACUUCUGCUCCCGCUUCCAGUAACAGUUGCACCGUUGCUACGUGACACUUGGACGCUUGGAUCAACACACGACGGAAUUAGAGCAAGAAGCUACUCAAGUCAAAGUUCUGCUGUCUUUUUUGGAAUGCAAUCCUGCUAUCUAGCUGGUCGUUCAUGACCUCCCACUCAUUGAGGCAGAAGCGAUCCGACUCAACGUGCUGGUGGUAAUGCUGGACCCAUUCCAGGCCGCAGCCCGGAAUCACGGCGCCCUUGACGGCCCGCUCGCAGCAACCGUGCAACGCCUGCAGAACUGACCUUGAGGUAGAAGAAACACUUUUAUAGGUAGAUUCACACUCCAUCUAAUGACCUCCUACAUGCUCCAGUCUGGAUAUGAUACACAGCAGUGGAAACAAAACUUCUUUUUUGUAUUUUCUGUAUAAUAAUGUUUGUAAAGCAGUGGAAAUCCAGCCAUAAGGUCUUAUGGGGCCGAUUCAUUUGCAUGUUUUUGUACAUCAGUGGUGUCCAAAGUGCGGCCCAGGAGCCAUUAACGCCCGCAGCUGUUUGUUUCAGUCACAUUCUAACAAUAUAAUUUAAGAAUAAAAGCAAAUAUGGAAAAAUCUGCAGUAAUGUUACAAUUAGUGACAGUUUGGGGAAAAAGUUCUAAUAUGAUGGGAAUAAAGUCAAAAUAUUAUGGGAAUAAAGUCCAGAAGAAAAUUUACAAAGAUUAUUUAAGAAGAAGUAUUUGGAAAAUUAAACCACAAAAAAGAGCAAAGAUGGACGUUCAUACUAAUAAUAUGUUUUUUCACCCACAUCACAAAGAUGAGAUGCAGUUUUUUCUUGAAAUAUAAAGAACUUGUUAGCAUCUCUACAUGUGUUGCGUGACAAAAUAUCAAAGUGGCCCAGGCGUCCUUUCAUUUUUCACUAAGUGGCCCUCGCUGGAAAAGGUGUGGACACCACAUGGUCACUCACCACAUGGUCUGCAUGGAAACUGGCUUAAAAAUUCUUGUUUCUUCUGCUGAGGUGACACUGAAACCGCUGCGAAGGGGGAAGAGAAAGGGACGCACAAUCAAGUCAGAAAAAGACACCAAGUGAGACCGAGAGAAAAGAGGAAGUGACACUGACACAAAGUACAAUAAAUAGGCAGGCCCAAAAACAUGCAUAUUUAAUUAUUCAGGGCAAAUUAUUGGUAAGCGGCGUGAAGCAAGAGGUGUGAAGAUGUACGCCGAGCUAUGUGUAAAAAGCACGUUAACAGUCGGAGGCGUGAGGAGAGUAGAACAAGCUGAUGUGAUAACUGUGUGACGCAACAUGUGAUAGCGGAUCAGCCCAAACGCUGUAGUCCAAAGUGCAGUGUUUUUUUCACUUCAUCACAUCCUCAUCCUGAGAGUUAGCACCAAAGUGAGGAAAGAACUCGCACCGUAGCCUUUAUAUGGAAGGUAACUUGACUUGUCUUACACUUGAGACGAACAGAGGCUAAGCAUGCUUGAGUUUCAAAUGAUUCCAUGUGAAAAGAUCUUAUGUAAGGGCGUGAGUAAGUGAUAGGGGCAGUAAGAAUUCAUGGAGAAUGAUUCAGCUCCAUAAAUAGCGGCAUUCCUCAUUCACAUGAUCUUAGGCCAGAGUAUCUGUGGUCAGGCUUUGCCGUCUGCGCAACAACAUGCUCUGCUUCUGCCAUUUGAAUUAAUUUCUAUAUUCAUUCCCUUCUUACCUCCCUCAAGGGGGUUCUAGUCCCACAAGUCGCAUAAUAACAACCCACAUAUUUGGUUAAGCUGAUUUGUGCGCUUACCCGUCUCCGUCCAGAUACACUUGAGUGUCGCUCCAGAUGGGUAGAACCAGACCAAUGGUGCACUCAUCACUAAACAAGAAGCAGAUAAACGUGCUCACUGAUAAAAUGCCACAGAAGUUGCAAAUGGCUAUCAGGGUGGACGCUCUAGGACACACACACCUGUCCUGUUUGGGGAAAUCCAUGCCGAGCAGGAUGCUCUCGUCUUUGUUAGCGAGGGUGGAGACGACAAUGAGAUACCUGACUCGGACCGUGCUGACAGACUCCAACUGCACGGCCUGCAGAGAAAGUGUGUGAGGCAACAACAUCAUUCAACAUUCUGCUUUUAUAGAUAUGACAAUGUUUUGUUUUGGUUGACGCUAUCAGACAUUAGGCACAUUUGUUUUUUCCAGCAAAGCUGAAUAGACGGAACAAAACAUUAGAAACAGCUCAGUAUGACGCAGUGCAGUUUUACAUCACUGCAAAUGACAAACAGAUAUUAAGAAAUGUAUAGCACUCUGACAGUGUCUAUAACAACUGAACAUAUGUGUAAAGGACAGAACUGCAGCUGUAGUGCUUAUUGUUAGAUAAUAACAGAUAUUAAUAGAAAUAGUAAUCAGUAGUAAUUAUAGUCCCAUAAUCCAUCUGAAUGCUAAUUUCAAUGCUCGCAUGCUUGAACCCAGCAGUAACUCAACAUUUAUGCCGGCGGAUCAACAUUGGCGUCACUUUUCUUCUUCCAUUAAAUCUUAAGCUUGGUGCAUGAUGUCUAUCCACGUUAUAGGUUACACAGAUUGAGAGGUUUGCAGGAAAGUCAAUGUGGAGUUGUGCAGCAGCAGUUGUGUAGUUACACUCAACAAAAAUAUAACACAACACUUGUUUUUGCUCCUAUUUUUCAUGAGCUGAGCUUCAAGAUGUAAAACUUAUGGUCACUCCAAAAUGUGCAGUUUAACUGUAUUGAGGGUGGUCCGGAGGGGUCAGAAAACCAGUUAGUAUCUGCUGUGACUACCAUUUGCCAGAGCAUCGCGUCAGGUGAGUAUGCUGGCCAUGCAAGUAAUGGAAUUCAGCUUUCCAGGAAUUGUGUACAGGUCCUUGCAACAUGGGGUCGUGCAUUAUCAUGCUGCAACAUGAGCUGAUGCUUGUGAAUGAAUGACAACAACAAUGGGCCUCAUGCUCUCGUCACAGUAUCUCUGUACGUCCAAAAUGCCAUCAAUACAAUAAAAUGCACCUGUGUUGUGGAUGGAGUGGCCCGUGGUGGCAGUGGGGUUAUGGCAUGGGCAGGGGCGUGCGUAUGUUACGGACAAAAAACACGGGUGCAUUUUAUUGAUGGCAUUUUGAAGAUAGUAAGCAUGUUUGGGAUGCUCUGGGUCGGCGUUCAACUUGAGGCCAGUGUGAUGAAAGAGAAAGGUGCUACAGGGGAUUUCUGGAACGAGCGCAUGUACAAGUUGCAGAGCAGAUACGUGUGCUUCUAUAGCAUGUCUAAAGUUCAUGUGACUGACCGUGUGUAGAAGGACCUUCUGGCUAGCCCUUGACUAAACAAUAGAGUCAUUGUAAAACAACAUAUGCAGCUCUUCUGUCUUUUUUCUCCUCAAUUUGACAACGUUGCUUAGGAGAGUAUUAGACAAAUCCAGGAGUAAAUACAAGGCAUUUACCAGCUUGAUGCUGUCUUCUGGUCGAAGCAGCUCAACCAUGGCACGUAUGUGUCUGCGUCGUGUGUCUGAAGCGCCGUCGUCUUCUUUUGGGAGAGACGUGUCCUCGUGAAGGUCUUCUCUCUCUGCUUCUUCCAGCAGGAGCACCGCCCCUUUGACAAGGGCAAAGCUCUCCCUGACAACCAGCAGGACAGCGGGAUCAGCAUUGCAAAUGUUAUGAAAUGCAAAUAAGAGUGGUGUCAAUCUACCUUUUCUGAAACCUCCCUCUUCUUUGAGUGGUUUCAUCCUUAAGAGAUCACAUAAAUCAUACAAAUAAACUCUUAAAGAAGGCUCCAACUUCACAGAUAAUGUGACAAAGAACUUUUUAUAUUGCUGUAAUGUGGCAUGUUUGCUCUAAGCUUGGGGAGAAACUGACUAUCCUUCUAAUGUGGUUUCCACUGCAAAGCCAAUUAAAAGUACAUUUUUAACAGUGUCCUAAACUUUUGAAUAGAAAUGACUGGAAAUGACCGGAGAAAAAAAAAAAAGGUAUUUAGCAUGAAAUGUGACGCAGCACUGAUAAGGCGUAGCGGAAGCCUGAAGUGUGGAGACAGACAGCGAUAAUAAGACAAAAGCAGGGGAGGGAAGGAGUGGACUAGCAGAGAAAUACUUGUACAAUGCAAAGGAGAACAAGCCAGAGAGAGCGAGGUAUAGCUACACUUAUAAGAAGGGAAGAGAAACAUGACAGAGAGAGCAUUACCUGUUACGCAACUGACAAGUCCAGACAAAACCAAGGAGCAAGAAAAAACUAAAAAAUAGGUGGAGGAUUGAGCAGGAGCCAGGAGAAGAACGAUGGGUAUUUGGGGGAGAAAAAGAAGAAGAAAAGAACACAAGUUAAGAUAGAAUGAUGAUUAGCUUCUAUAACACAAUAUGCAGCAGUGACACUUGGUUUAACUUGAAGACACAAAGCAACACAUGAGACCUGUUGAAUGUUUGCUUUUGACGUGAUCCUUGUUUAAAGAUGGAUGAAUGCAAGGAGAGGAGAUCGCAAGAGACAAAAGCUGAUGGCACGGCGAGUGUUUAGACAGGAAGUGAACCAAUCACACGAUCUGUGCUGCAAUGAAUAUGAAUGGUGUUGAAGCCACGUUAUAUCUGUGGAAUGUUUGCUCUGCAAAGCUAUCCGAUCACAGCCCAGGCUGCUAUGCAAAACAAAGCAUUUGUUAUUGCACUGAUAUGCACACAUGGCUGCUCCUAGUCAACGGUCCUGCUGUCCUGGCCCAGCCUGAUGUCAUGUCAGUGUUCUGAUAUAUAUAUUUGUAAAGCAAACUGGUGAUGCAAAAAGCCUCGCUUGAUUGUGGGGAUGACUCACUGGAGCAGCGCUGAUGGAGGGAAUCCGAUGCAGAGUCAACAGAGCCAUGGCACAGUUCAGCUGUCGUGACACUCAACGUACUGCUGCUGCUGCUGCGGGUAACCUCAGACAAACACUGCAGGUUCCACAGGCCAAAAGUGUGCAGGCACAAGUACAAUUUCUGCUCUGGAAAGAUAAAGAGACACAUUGUGACUACAUCCAAUAAAGCUUCAAAUGAGAAGCUCCUGAUGAAGUUUAGUUUUAUAUAUAUGUUUUAACAAUAGUAUUAUCACGCAAUAUGUUGAUUAUGAGGCAAUUAUAUUUUGAUUAUGAUUGAGAUUUUGUCACAUUUACCAUUUACUUGCUAAAUGACAGAUGAUGAGGGAUUUUUUUUGUAAAGUAAGUACCCCAAUAACACUUCAAUAAUCAAACAUGAAACAAACAUGAAUAAAUAUUUUAACCUUUUUGACUCAAAUCCAAUGAAAGCUGUUCACAUAAACACAACUUUAAAUCCAAUGUGCAUGGAAAAAAAUUGUUAGGACCACUUAUUAUAAUCAUUAAAUUGUUAUUUUUAAUAUGCUCCUUACUGUCCCAUACAUACAGUACAUGUACCCAGGUUGUUAUAGAUUGCUUAUACAAGUAUGUGUAUUAUUCAAUACUAUUGCAUAUUUUAAUACAAAGGAAUACACGCUUUUUUCUUAUAUUCAUAUUUUUAUAUAUAAAAAGCAAUAACUAAAAUAUCUCAACGGCACAUUACUUUAUCCAAGCUGUCACAUCGAAAGAUUGCAAACCUUGUUUGUUAGCCUGUUGCGGCUAGCGCUAGCUCAUGCUUCAAACGUGCAACUCCGUGCACAACAAGCGAUUAAAAACAUGACAAAAAACAUUUCUUACGUUUACAAGACGGGCUCCCGACACCUUUUCCCGGGACUAAGCUUCUGCUUGUUCUCUUAUUGACACCUUCAAGGAGACGGACCCGGACGGUGGCAGUUCACCACUCCAGCGGCGUCGUGCUGGCUGGUGGUGACGUCAUGUGCAAGUUAGUUACGUAACAAACGUCACUACGGUGUGGGACCUACGCAAAGUUCUUCUUUCGAGGCAAAUGCAUAUUUCAUGCCAUAAUGACUAACAAAUCAGUUCACAUUACUUGGAAAUAUCAAUUACGUGUAUAGUAAACUAAUAAAUGUAUGUAAUUAUAGAUACCGACCGAGUAUGUUUACUCGAGGCAAGUAUUUAGCCAAUCAAAUCAGCUUUAGGAGGCGGGGCUUAGCUGGUAUUUAAUUCCGGGUGACAGAGACUCUCGUAGUUGCAAGUUAACAAUUAAGCAGGUGACUCCUCUGAAAAGUUAACCUCUUUUUGUGACAAGAGACUUAAUUAAGUUGAGUAGGAUGAAAGCAGCUGAAAAACCCAUGAAGGUUUUCGUGACCACUCGCCUUCCGGAAGAAGGGCUGAAGAUCCUGUCAUCAUCUGGAGUGUGUGAUGUGUGUAUGUGGGGCUCCUAUGCACCGAUGCCAAGAGAAGAGCUCCUUAAAGGCGCGCAGGGGGCCCACGGUGUCCUGUGUACGCUGACAGAAAAGAUUGACGCUGAGGUUAUGGAUGCUGCAGGACCCAACCUGAAAGUAAUCAGCACCCUCUCCGUGGGAUAUGACCAUUUGGACCUUAAUGAAAUAAAGAAACGUGGUAUACGUGUUGGUUACACUCCCGAUGUCCUGACUGAUGCCACAGCUGAACUGACUGUGGCUCUCCUACUUGCCACAGCUCGCAGACUACCUGAGGCGAUGGUGGAAGUGAAAAAUGGAGGCUGGGGCUCCUGGACACUGCUCUGGAUGUGCGGUUACGGUCUUUCAGGCAGCACCGUGGGCGUCAUCGGCCUGGGGCGUAUUGGGAUGGCCAUCGCUCGCCGCCUCAUGCCAUUUGGAGUGAAGCGGCUGCUUUACUCUGGGAGAACCGAGAAGGCUUACGCUGCUGAGCUGAACGGAGAGUUUGUCCCUGUGGACACUCUCGCUUCUGAGAGUGACUUCAUCGUUGUGUCAUGCUCGCUGACACCACAGACCCAGGGCCUGUGUGACAAGGCCUUCUUCAGCAAGAUGAAGAAGACGGGAAUCUUCAUCAACUCCAGCAGGGGGGCUGUCGUGAACCAGGAGGAUCUAUACGAGGCUCUGAAAAGUGGCCAAAUUGCAGCUGCCGGCCUGGAUGUAACAACACCUGAGCCACUACCCACAAACCACCCUCUCCUUGCGCUCAAAAACUGUGUGGUGUUGCCGCACAUCGGCAGUGCCACCCACUCCACGCGAGGCAACAUGGCUACCUUGGCAGCCCGAAACCUGCUGGGGGGUUUACAGGGCGCAGAAAUGCCCAGUGAACUUACCCUCUAGAGGACGAGUUGUGGUCCCGCUGUUCCGGGUGUACCUGGAUGGCACAGUAGAUACCGUAUGCAACGAACCAUCACUAAUGGGCAGAGGUGUGGACUCGAGUCACACUCAAGUCACAAUUUUGAUGACUUUGGACUUAACUUGACAAUAUCACGAAAGACUUGCAACUCGACUUGGACUUUAACAUCAAUGACUCCUGACUUGACUCAGACUUUAGUCUGAUGACUUGAAAAUACUUGAGAUUUUCAGUGAGCGUGUUGAGUAAAAUGUGACCCCAUUCAAAGUAUUGCACUAAUGGGAUCGUUAUGUCAUUUCCAGCAAGACGGCAUAUAUUCCCUUUUGAAUCGGCCUCAUUGCAUGCGUCUGUUAACGUCAAAACAGGUUUAAGAACAAACCAUGAAUGUGUGCAUUACAUUUCUUUACACUGACUAAAUUGUCAAUAUUAAGUCAGCACACCUCUUCUGUGACUAAGUCUUGUCACACCGGUCUUAUUUUAUUAAAAACAAUAAAACCAUUCAAAAUGCAUUCAUUUUAUUAGUCAAAUUGAAUAGAUUGUUACGUUGUUAAAAUGGCAUUUUAUUUUGAGGUACUAAACAGUGCUUAUGACUUGUAAGGACUGAAACAUUUCAAGCUUAUGACUUUGAACUUGACUUGACCUUUCUCGUCUUGACUCGGAAAUGCACAUCUUUACUUGAGACUUCACUCGAGACUUGGGAUUAAAGACCUGACAUGGACUUGCUCCCACCUCUGCUAAAGGGUUAUUAGAAUGAAGACAAGUUUCAUUGCACACAUUUUUAAUCUUUGCAUUUAAGCACUUCAGUCUGUUCCAAACAUUACUUCCUGCAUUAUUCUUAACAAAGCCGUUUGUUGCCUACUUGUCGUUUGCUAAAUGAAACGAUGGCCUGCACAACAAAAGAAUAAAGUCAAGUUUCUUGAACUCAUUGCAAUUUCCUCAUACUUUUAAAGCACUCUUCAUUAAAUGUAAUCAUUGGUUUGGUUUGGUUUGGUUUAGUUUAUUUGAACAUGAAGGUUACAAUGGAAUACAUCUCAUGAAUCAUUCUUUGACAGUUCCACAUGUCCAAAAGGAGUAGGAAGAAGCAAAGCUUAUUUAAUCCUACCCCCCAUCUAUUCCACAUCUAUUACAACACUUGUUAUUCACUUCCUGCGUUCCAUGUCAUGUUUUCUGUGGUAAUCAGGAUAAUAAUACAUAAUAGAUGACAGUAAGACCAAAAAAAAAUGAAUAUAUAAGUUAAAUAUGAAAAAAGAAAGAAUUUUUUCCUUUUUUCUUUUCCCUUCCCCCCUUUUUUCUGUUUUCUUUUUCUCCUCCCCUUUCCUUAAAAAAACAAAACCAAAAGAAAAAAUAUAUAUAUAUAUAUACAAAAAAAUAAUAUAUAUAUAUGUAUAUAUAUGCACAUGUAACCAACCUGACAGAACAUCAUUGUGAUGAUCAAGACUCUUCUGCCUUGUAUUUAGCAAACAUCAACUGCUUGUAUUGUUUUUUGAAUGUGUUCAUCUCUGUACAUUGUUUGAGUUCCUUACUCAAUCCGUUCCAUAAUUUGAUUCCACACACUGAAAUGCUGUGGGUUUUCAGCGUAGUUCUCGUGUAUAAAUGUUUUAAGUUCAACUUUCCUCUAAGAUCAUAUUUCUCCUCUCUGAUUGAGAAAUACUGUUUGAGGUUUUUUGGUAACGAGUUAUUAUUAACUUUAUGCAUUAUUCUGGCGGUUUGAAAGUUUACUAAAUCUGCAAAUUUGAAUAUCUGUGAUUUUAAAAAUAAAGGGUUUGUGUGUUCUCUAUACUUGGCAUUGUGAAUGAUCCUCACCCAUCUUUUUUGCAGUACAGUGAGUGAGUGAAGAUUGCUUUUGUAAUUAUUUCCCCAUAUCUCCACACAAUACGUUAGAUAUGGUAAUACUAAGGAACAGUACAGAGUGUGGAGUGAUUUUUGAUCAAGAACAUAUUUUGCUUUAUUCAAUAUAGAGAUAUUUCUCACCACCUUUUGUUGUAUAUAUUUAAUAUGAGAUUUCCAACUCAUUUUUUCGUCUAUUAUGAACCCCAAGAAUUUAUAUUCUUCCACUUUUUCAAUAUCCACUCCAUUAAUUUGUAUUUGGUUGUACGUAUCCUUUCUGCUAUUACCGAAUAGCAUUAUUUUAGUUUUACUUAAGUUCAGGGAUAAUCUGUUCCUGUCAAACCAUGAUUUUAAUAUGACCUUUUCAUCCUUGACCUUUUUAAUGAGUUCUUGUGUGGUUUCCCCACAACAAAAGGCGGUGGUAUCAUCCGCAAAUAAGACCAAUUUUACAUCCUUUGUUACUUUACAAAUGUCAUUUAUAUACAAAUUGAACAGUUUUGGUCCCAGUAUGGACCCCUGGGGUACUCCACACGCCGUGUGUAAACUCCCAGAUGUAUAUUCUCCUAGCUUUACAAAUUGUUUCCUCUUUGCUAGGUAGCUUUUAACCCAAUUCAAAACUAAUCCUCUUAUUCCGUACCUUUCUAAUUUUGAAAAUAAGAUAUUGUGGUUAAUUGUAUCGAAAGCUUUUGUCAGAUCCAUGAAUACAGCUGCUGCACAUCUUCCGUUGUCUAUAGCAGUGGUGAUUUCCUCCAUGAUUUCGAUCAGUGCCAUAGAAGUUGAAAUGUUGGCUCUGAAACCAUAUUGACUGCUAGCAGGAGUUCAUUCUUAUUAAUACGUUUGUCCAAGCUAUUAUUAAACAACUUCUCCACAAUUUUAGAGAAUUGAGGUAACAAGGAAAGUGGUUGAUAAUUUGUAAAUCGAUGUUUGUCUCCUUUUUUAAAAAUUGGAACCACCUUGGCUGUUUUCAUUUUGCUUGGAAAUAUUCCAGUCUGAAAUGAUAAGUUACUGAUAUAUGUUAACGGGUCUGCGACCUCAUUGAUGACCCUCUUAAUUAUUUCCAUUUCAAGUUCAUGACAAUC